CUCCUCCCCGGGGCGGAGCGCGGCCCCGGCGCGAUGGAGGCGCUGCGGCGGCCGGCGCUGCCCGAGGAUACGGUGCGCUACCGCCUGUUCGCCGCGGCGGCGGCGGGCCCGGGCGGCGAGGCGCUGCUGCGGCGCUGCGCUGAGCUGGCCCUGGUGCGCUUCGCCCCGCUCCUGGCCGCCUACGUGUGGCAGCGGGAGCCGUUCCGCCUCCGCUACGUGCCCCGCCGCGGUGAGCCGGGAGCGGGCCGGGAGGCACGGCGGGAGGAGCGGGGGGACUGUGAGGGGGACCCGGCGGCCGGGAACCGGGAGCGUGUGAUUGGAAGUGUCCAAGGUAUUGAUGACAACGAUGGAGAGUUUCUCUUGAUAGAAGCAGCUGAUUUUCUCCCAAAGUGGCUGAAUCCUGAGAACAGUGAAAACAGGGUGUUCUUUUACAAAGGAGAGCUGCACAUCAUUCCGCCGUGGGAGCCCUCGGAGCAGGGCUGGGCCCUCUCUGCUCCCUGUCCCACGGUGCCGCAGGCACUGGCUCUGUUAUCCACCCGCUCCGAGGAGUUCCUGGCUGCAGAGCCCAUCAGAGCUGCGCUGGACAAACGCAUCCAUGGGUAUCCCGAGAAGAUCCAGGCCUCGCUGCACCGAGCCCGCUGCUUCCUCCCGGCCGGAAUCGCGGCCGUGCUGAGGCUGCGCCCGUCCCUGGUGGCUGCGGCAGUCCAGGCCUUCUACCUGCGGGAUCCCAGCGACCUGGGGGCCUGCCGGCGCCCUUUCAGAACCUUCCCUGCCGAGCAGCGAGUGAUGGCCCUGGUGACUUUCACUCGGUGUUUGUACGCACAGCUGGUGCAGCAGCAGUUUGUUCCAGACAGACGCAGUGGAUACACCCUGCCCGCCCCCUCUCAUCCUCAGUACCGAGCCUACGAGCUGGGCAUGAAGCUGGCUCAUGGCUUUGAAAUGUUGUGCUCCAAGAGCAGUAAAGUAGCUCCUGAUGCCAAGAGAAACGUGGUGAGCGGUCCUCUGUGGGAGAGAUUCCUCAGGAGCUUGAAGGAGAAGGAUUAUUUCAAGGGAGAAAUGGAAGGAUCAGCCAAGUACCUGGAACUGCUGCACAUGGCAGAAGAUCACUUCCAGCAAUCCGUUGCUGUGCCAGAAAGCUCUGAUGAAGUGAGCCCAGGUGAUGAAAUCCUGGCACUACUACAGACAACACCCAUUGAUCUGAAGGAAUUUGAGAGAGAAGCAGCUUGUCUUCCUGCAGAGGAUGAUGACAGCUGGCUGGAUAUUACACCAGAUGCUCUGGAUCAGAUGCUGAAGGAGACAAGAAAUGAGUCCCUUCCUUCCACAAAUGAGGAAGAGCAAAACUAUGACUUGGAAACAGUUGCUGAGAGCAUGAAGGCUUUUGUGUCCAAAGUCUCCACGCACGAAGGAGCAGAAAUGCCAUGGUCAUCUGAUGAGUCCCAUGUUACCUUUGACGUGGAUUCUUUUACGAAAGCCCUGGACAGAAUUUUAGGGGCAGACUCGGAGGAGCUGGAUUCUGAUGAUGUGGAUGAAGAGGAGGAGUUUGGUUUCUCAGAUGAGGAUGAUGAAGACCUGGAUGCUGGGAAUCAAAGGCAGGAGCAGAAGGUGUCUCCUGAGGAGCUCGUGGGCAGUCUCAAGGCGUACAUGAAGGAGAUGGACCGUGAGCUGGCACAGACCAACGUAGGGAAAAGUUUCACCAGCCACAAGAGAGGGGCAAGUUCUGUUGGAGUGGCCACAUCUGAGAGUGCUGGCCCUGAUUCUGGAGCUGAGGCUGCUGAGCUGGCCCCCGUGGAUGUGGACAUGAACCUGGUGGCAAACCUGCUCGAGUCCUACAGUGCCCAGGCUGGCCUGGCAGGACCCACCUCGAACAUUUUACAGAGCCUGGGGGUGAAUUUACCUGAGAACACAGAGCUCACUGGCAGCUGAGCAGCACAGGGAGAGGCUUUGGACACGACAUGGGUGCUGGGGAGAUGAAGCACACACAGACGAGCAGGAGGUGGAAGAAGAGGCCAAAGGUUUUAAUUUCAAGUCCUCUCUUCCAUUUUUCCAAUAAGUGAUCCAGUUUGCCACAUUUCUAAAAUGUCCUUUUACCUAUUGCUGAGUGGGUUCAAUAUCUGGGAAGCAGUUCUUGUUCUGAAAAUGCUGCUGUCUUCAGGGGCAGGUGGGGAAAUAGCACAUUGCAGGAAGAGUCUCAGGGAUUUGGGAAUGCUGGUGAAAUGUUGGGCAGACAUUUAAUCCUUCCCCAGAGCACGAUGCUGCAUUGUGAGAGCUUGUGACAAUUCUGUAAGAGCCUGUUUCUUAUUAAGCACAAGGAUUUGAAGAGUAAUUGGAGCAAAAAUGUAAAUAUUGGCAAGAAGUAUUUUUAAAUUUUAUUUCAAUAAAAAUAGAAAUGCAUCUUGA